AUGAAACAAAGUCAAUUCCAAUACUUUGAAGGAAGAAAGAAAAGGAAAGAGAUGUAUAAAGCGAUGAAUGAUGAGAUGAAAAAAGAAAUUGAAAAAAAUGGGUUUAACGAAAAGUUCACCGUCCUCAGAGGAAAGUUUGAUGGACAUGAAUAUCAAUUCGAUGGCAAAAAAUUAUCAAAAAAAACUUUAUUUAUACCAGAAAUAAAACUUUCUGAGUGUCAAAUUCAAAUUCUAUACCUUUCAAUUAAUCAGUAUUGCUUAACUCAACAAGGGUUUAUUGUUCAAGAAUUUGUUGGAAAAAUUCUUAAAACUGGAAAAGAAGUUUAUUCACUCCAAGUUGGUGAUUUUGUAUUGGGGAGAGAUGUUUCUCAAAACUGUUUCAAAGAUAUUAUUGUGACUAACCAAACAAAUUUAAUGAAGUUAAAUGAUAAAAGUGAAUCGAAUUUUAUUAAUUAUCUUGGAAAUAUGUCUAGUGCUGUCCUUCCUUUUGAACUUAUUAAGAAUAUAAUAAUUCCUCAUCAAUUAAGUAAUAUUCUAAUCAUUGGUAGUGGUGUUAUUGCAAUGAAAUUAUCUGACUUACUUCAAAAGAAAAAGAUUAAUAACUGUCUUGCAAUUGAAGAUAGACUGUAUUCCAAAUAUCAAUCAUUUGGUUAUAAUGUUAUCAAAGUAACUGAAAUAGAUUUGUUAUUGUUACAUAACAUUGACGCCAUCAUUGAUUUUAAAAAUGACUUUGAUCAUUAUAAGAAUUUAGACCAUCAACUCACAUACAUUCACCUUACUGUUCUUCCAAAACAAAAGAGUACUUCUUUGUUAUCCCAAAACAAAACCCAUCUAUUACCAAAUGUUUAUGGACAUGCUUCAUUUAUUGAAUUCAAUUGUCCCAUAGAUAAUAAGACAUUUUUUAAUGACCAAAAAGAGGUUAGUUCAAUGGUUAGACCUCAUAUCUCCUCAGUUAUUAAUAUUAAUGAUAAUACAUCUGUUGAAGACUCUCUUAUUCGCCAACAAGAAGAAGAUGAAACUCUAAUUGUUUCUUUGUAG